GUUGGAUGUUACACAAACCCUCGUCACUUUGUUUUCCCAGAACCCCUUAUUUUUCAGACGACUCCGAAGCUCCUAUUCGCCCUCUUCAGACACGACUCCGGAGCUCUCUUCAGAGACGACUACAAAGCUCCUCUUCGCCCUCUUCAGACACGACUCCGGAGCUCUCUUCAGACAGGACUCCGUAGCUAUUCUUCGCCCUCGAAGACUAACCCGCGAACACAACGUGCCCUCGACUUCGCCUCAAGAUUGCAGAAGGAAAAGAGGAAGAGUAAUGGUGGAAGUAUGGUGGUCCCUGUUGGGGGCUGCUAUUCCAGCGAUUGUUGCAGGGCAAACCUUUAGAAUUAAGAGAAGGCGUACUGAGGAGCAGAGAAUAAAGGGUGCUCGUGGAAGAGAGAAGACUUCUGAUGAUAUAUUUGUCUGUGAGAGGGUCUGUACAUCCAAGAGAAUGCUCAAGAAGGUUGGGUCCUUCUCCAAAGAUCCAAUCCCUGAUACUUGUGUUACUGUUUGUGGUGUGUCUGAGCUCGAUGCCUGCUCUGAUGCCUGUGCUCGCACUGUCUGUGUCAACCAACAUCAAGUGCCCAAUUGGAAUGACAUUUGUCUUCGGAGAUGUCAGAGUGAAUGCCUUAAACUCUCUGCCUCUCGUGCUUCUUAGUGAGUUUUUUUUUUUUGGCCAACUUAAACUGUUGUUUUUGUGGAACAUGCUGUUAAAAGUAUGGUCUUUAUCCCGUUUUCAAAACCAGACUUGGAUUGUUGUGUUCUUUUGCAAGCUAGCAUUGAGCUACAUAUUAAUUUCAUGAUCUCGACAGAUUGCUUCUCUCUGGGCCAA